GGACAAUCCAUGUUGGUGUAUAGAAUAUUUUUCUGUUGUAAGAAGAUAUAUAACAAAGUUCUUCACACCAUCGUUUUCGUCUUGGCUAUCUCGGCCAUCACCAUCGGCAUGAUGUCUGCCAUCCAAGCUCACAACAAUAGUCCAGAACCUAAACACUUCUACAGCCUUCAUUCUUGGAUCGGACUAGCCACGAUGGGACUUUAUGCCCUUCAGUUCAUUGUUGGAUUCGUAUCCUUCUUGGUCUUGCUGUGUUGUGAUGCUACUACGACAAAGUUCCGUCAGCAACUUCUACCAACCCAUAAGACUUUCGGUGUUAUCAUUUUCAGCAUGGCUGUUGCUGCAUGUGUUACAGGCCUAACUCAAUCAGCUAGAUACAGGCUCAGUGGCAAGGACGGCAAACUGAACUAUGCGGAUUUACCUGAACAAGCUAUCGUCAUCAACGUUCUUGGAAUAACCAUGAUAGCGUUAGGGAUUCUGCUGACAUAUUUGACCCACAAUAUCGGAAUCAAACGUUACGCUACUGAGGUUAUUAACGAAACUCAUCUCACUUGAACAAGAGACUUAACACUUAAAGUGGAUAUUUUAUGAGCCAGAAGCAGCAGCUAAAAUUUUUAAUGCAGUAUUCAUUAACUGUCUUGUUUGUACUAAAACCUAAAUGUGAGGCCAAGCCUAUCAUUCGAUUUUUCACUUGUCAUUGAGUUAUACCGGUUUCGAGGAAUUCCACUCUCUAUCAGUAAUCCUAGACAAGGGUAAAUCGAAAGAAUAAGACUAGGCCUCGUUUAGUAGUGGAGUGUACAUUAUAUGUAUGGUGGUUUAAGAUGUAUUUUACCUACAAUAGUUAUUUUCAAAUAUAGGCAAUAGUACAACUUUUAUAUAAUAUACGAUAUAAUAAGACUAGGCCUCGUUUAGUAGUGGAUUGUAUAUGUAUGGUGUUUUAAGAUGUAUUUUACCUACAAUAGUUAUUUUCAAAUAUAGACAAUAGUACAACUUUGAUAUAAUGUACGAUAUAAUAAGACUAGGCCUAGUUUAGUAGUGGAUUGUAUAUGUAUGGUGUUUUAAGAUGUAUUUUACCUACAAUAGUUAUUUUCAAAUAUAGACAAUAGUACAACUUUGAUAUAAUAUACGAUAUAAAGAAAUACAAUUUCAGUAAUAUUUUCUUAAUUGCUAUUUUUUUAAUCUUUAAUUAUUAAAAGAUACAAGUGCUGGUAGAACUGUACUUAACACAUCUAAAAAACAAAUUUUGAACUUAGUUGAAAGGAACUCGUGCAUAUACAUUUAUUGAAUAAUGUAUAUAAAAUACAUAGAAAAAGUGAAGUGUGACUUUUAAAAUACAAUAAUACG